AUGGCAGUGAAUUACCCAGCCGCUCACCUUCUGAGCCUCCCUCUGGAGCUUCGUGAAACGAUAUACGACUAUCUAGCCGAAGACCGACCCGUUUUGCACCUCAAAGACGAUUCAGGCUCGUUGCAUCUUUCUGCGGCGCACACUCAACCAUUGAAUCUCCUACAAGCUCACCCACUGCUUUGCGAGGAAGCACUAUCACACUUCCACCGAACCCAACGUUUAACCAUUCACGUGGAUGCAUUCGCAUUCGCCAAACUAGGCAAUCAGAACGCGUACCGACACGCUUUACAAAGCAAUCGCUACGUCCAACGCAGUCGUAACAUUGAGAUCCGUUACGUUAUGAAUGCUCAUGUCGACUUUCUCGUGGAGGCGAUCAAACACGUUGUCGCUACCCUGAUAUUGCCCACGAGCAAUGCCAAGUCCGUCACUAUAACGUGGGCAGAAGUAUUAAACCACGUAUUCCAACGUACAUGGAGACCAUGGGCUUGCAAGAUCCCCGCCUUGGAGCCUCUGUGGGAUCUCCUGGAUCAUGUCGACGUCCAGUGUGGGGGAGUUGUGAAUGCUCCUCCGGCAACAGCAGAGUUGCAGAACAAUGGCUUUACGAGAAGCUUUAACACGAUUCUGAAAUACAAGAGUUUGAGCGGAGACAAAGCGCAAGUUUGAGUCUACAUUCUAAGAGCCUUAAUUUUUUUUUUAUUGAUAAGAGAGGUAUAUUACGGUCUUUAUUGGCUUCAUUUGCAGUCAGUUUCCGGGCCAUAUACGACCUAUCACGUUGUGAGGUAAUGCACUGCCUUCAAGAAUAC